UCUUGCAGUUCAACCCACAAAACCCGACCCAACAUCUUCAUCACACUCCAUUGAAACCAAUCAAAAAGGAACAGAACAAGAUCUCCAUUUCCUCCCUCUACAAGGACCACCACAGCCAUCUCUCUCUCUCUCUCUCUCUCUCUCUCUCUUCUCUUCUGCAACCUCCAAAAACCCUAAUCGCCUGCCCUCCUUCCCGACCCCCUCGGCACCUGUUGACCGCCUUCACCCUCGUUGUGGACAGGGAGAAAACCGAGACAAGAUUGCUGCGAAAGGUUUAGAUCUCGAUGUCGUUGGUUACAGCACCGAUGUGGAUGGAGCGGUUCACAUUGUCUGAGUUUUGAUUGUUCGACUGAAGAAGGAACCAUGGAAGCUAACGGAUGUGUAGUCGAGCGAGCGGAUGCUGAUGUGUUGUUGCCUCCUCGGAAGCGUUUGCUUGCCGGAAUGAAGAAACAGAACUCAGAUACCAAGGGGGCCUCGCUUGUUUCUUCGCCUGCUGAAUCUCUAUCGCCGUCGUCAUCGUCAAGUGUGUAUGAUGCGCACCUGAACAAUUUAAUAAGCAUUCAUAGUGAUCCGAACCUUUCGCCCGAGGAAAUCGUGGAGGCCUCAAGAUUGGCAGCUUUAGCUGCUGCUGAGAUUGCAAAGGCUGCUAGAGCAGCUGCUGAAGAGAAGGCGGCCGUUGCAGUUAAGGCAAUUACCGCGGCCAAGAGCGCUUUGGAGAUAGUGGCCUCUUUCUCUGGCGAGGGAAAUCAAAGUCAGAUGUCUCUCAAGAGGAACAAGCUGAAGAAGCGCGUCCCGGUUCACUCGCUGUACAAAAGGAACAGGCUGAUUGCGAAUUGCAAGACGGACGAAGAACUGGCUCGGAGACUGCACCAAGUCAUGAACAGCUCUUCGAGAAACAACAAUGUACCAACUGCACAGAGAACUAAAUGAUCGAUAUGAAUCUCGAAUUAAAGGAAAACUAGUCUUUGUGUAGCGGUCCUCCAAUGUCAGUUGCUGUCUGUCAGGGUUGCUGCUUUAUCUUUGCUUUUACAAUUUAGAGGACCUAAGUUUCAUCCUGAUAGUAAACACUGGGUGUAAACAAAAUCAAUACCCAGUCCGUAUUAUUUCCAUGUUAUUUUAACUUUGUGGAAUGAUGAUUACCCAAAAGAAUUUCUAGACUA